GCUCCUUCCUCGUCACACCCGACAGACUUGGCCCGUCGCUGCUCAAAAGUUGUAGGCCAUGACGCGUCGCACCGUACCUGGCAGCUGCUUUCCACUUCAGCUACUGUCAUUUUCAUGAAUUCAUCAACGACAUUCACCUUCUUGUUCCCUUGACCUGUCGCAUUGCAUCAUCCAAGCAGAAGGUGGCGAGCACCAGCCGAGACACCUUCACUGUCCAGCUUCCUGGUGCGAACAACGAUAACCACAAUGCCACUCACGACUUGAUUACGCUCCACAAGCAAUCCCACCCUCCCUUCCACCAUGUCCGGACACGAGGACACCGAGGAGACUCGGCGGCAGAAAGCUCCAUACACCGGCCACCAUCCCAUCCCCACCAUCAAGGGCUUCCGGCAGGAGAAGGAGGCGCGGCAGGCCGAGGCACGCGACUACGGCGGAGAUCAAGACAACAAUUCGACGAAGAAUGUUGCCAAUCGCUUCAUGUCCCCGGCGCAAGGACAGAGUGGAGACGGGAAAGACCAGUCGACCACAAACGAUACCCAGCAAUCUGCGGGAGCUACACAAGACGGCGAUGCCAACGACGAGAACACCGCGCCAGCUGUCGACACAUCCGAAGCACAGACAUCUGCGCAAGACCCGGGCACACGCAGGAAGGCGCUCAAGAACCGCAAGGAUGAGCGGGCGGAGCGUGAGGUCACCGACCCCGUUACCCAUCUGCCCGUCAUCAUCCACGACAUGACCUCCCAGGCCCUCAAAGAGGUGCCGCAGAACGAAGAGCCUCCCGGCACUACCAAUCGCACGUCAACUGGUCUGAGCAACAAGAAAAAGACCACCAAACAGCUCCACCGCGAGUUGAAAGGGAUGCAAGAGAGCCAUGCGUCCAUGCAGAAUUUGUUUCCCCCUCCCGACUUUGACGAAAUGAAGCAAGAGCUCGCAGACGUCUACAAAAAGGGCAUCACCAUCUCCGUGGCCGGCAUCUCGUCGGUUUUGCUCGUGGCGUUCGGCUUUGAACGAUUCAUGAGCAUCUACAUCUUCUCCGACGACUCGCCCCGAGCAUUGGUCAUCUUCACCAUCUGGAUCUGGCCGACGAUCAUCGCUCUCGCCACAGUCUGGGCACUCGUUGUCGGCAUGCGGCAAUGGAUGGGCAAGCGCAUCGAAUCCGUCUGGGACGCGGGCGUCUGGGAUGCGGAAGCAACAUCGAAAGACAGCAGCGACCCCCACGAUACCGAGACGGUGGCCUGGCUGAAUUCGCUCCUUGGUGCGGUAUGGCCUCUGGUCAAUCCCGACCUCUUCACGAGCCUGGCCGACACGCUGGAAGAUGUCAUGCAAGCUUCCCUCCCCAAAGUCGUGGAGAUGGUCAGUGUCGAUGAUGUGGGCCAGGGCAGCGAGGCUGUUCGCAUCCUCGGCAUUCGUUGGCUCCCCACUGGCGCAGCAGCACGCUCCGUUACUGAGGACGGCCAGUUGAAGGAUCCUGGCGAUGACAACCAGUCAAAUGACCGCAAGGUCCCUGGCCAAGGUUCGGUAGAGAGUCAGGACUCAGGCGAUUCGAAAGACCAAGGCGAUUCGAAAGGCCAAGACGCGAGUCAAAACGCCAACGACGGCUCCCAGCAACAAGUCGCAGAGGGCUUAGAGGCCGAGGAAGGCGAUUUCGUGAACAUGGAAGUAGCUUUCGCGUAUCGCGCAAGGUCGCAGAAGAAGAGCCUCAAAGACCGCGCUCAAGACCUGCACCUCUACAUGGCCUUCUACCUCCCCGGCAGUCUGAAAGUGCCAGUCUGGGUCGACCUUCGUGGCGUGGUAGGCACGGUGCGCAUGAGGCUUCAGCUCUGCCCCGAUCCGCCCUUCUUCUCCCUUUGCACAAUCACGUUCCUCGGCCAGCCCAAGGUCGACCUACGGUGUACGCCACUCAGCAGGCAUGCGCUGAACAUCAUGGACGUCCCACUCAUCUCCAAUUUCGUGCAAAGUUCGGUCGAUGCUGCCAUGGCGCAGUAUGUGGCGCCGAAGAGUUUGAACCUCGACCUUCAAGACAUGUUGGCUGGAGAAGACUAUAAAAAGGAUACUGUUGCACGUGGAGUCUUGGUUGUGCACGUCAAACGUGGUUACGAUUUCAAAGAAGGCGACCCGGGCAUUCCUUUGAUACGAAGCGGUUCUUCAGAUCCUUACGUCUCUGUGGGAUGGGCGAAAUUCGGUAAGCCGCUGUGGUCCACGCGGUUGCUGCUAAACGAGAUGGAGCCUUGGUGGGAUGAGACGGCCUACAUCCUCGUUACACCUGAAGAACUGAACGUGAGAGAGCGACUGCGGCUCCAGCUAUGGGACUCGGAUCGUAUGACCGCGGAUGAUGACCUUGGUCGAAUUGAGGUCGACCUGAAGGAGGUGAUGACGAAUUCGGAAUCCAAUGGGCGCAUGUGGAAUCGGUCGGAUGGGUUCCGCGCGCUCAAAGCCGGGGAGAGCAUGCCCGGCAAGCUUGAAUGGAGCAUCGGAUACUUCUCCAAGACUCGAAUCACCGACCGCGAGCUGAAACGCCAGACUUUCGAUUCAUCGGUCCAAACGACGGAGCAGCUGAAGGAGAAGGUCGACUACAUCUGCCAGCGAAAGCUCCGAGAGGCAAGCGUGAAGGAGGGACGACAUAAGAAAGACGCAGACGAACUUGAGCAGCAAAAGGCGCAGGAAUACAAACGCAUCCAGGACGCCAUGAUCAUCUCGGCCCCGCCGCCCGACGACUAUCCAAGUGGGGUGUUGAGUAUUGUGAUUCACCAGAUCACUGGCCUUGAGCUGCAGAAGCUCAAUAAGACGGAUGCGGACAAGGACGCGGAGGCUGAUGAUGAAGCAGAGGAAGGGGAAGAUCUCCCUUCGGCCUACUGUACCAUCAUCCUCAACCACAGCAAGAUCUUCAAGACGCGGACGAAGCCGAAGAACGCAAGACCAUUCUACAACGCCGGCACUGAACGAUUCGUCAGCGACUGGAGGAGUGCGGAGGUCUACAUCGCCGUGCGGGAUGCGCGCGCGAAGGAGGAUGACGCGCUGCUGGGGAUUGUGCAUCUCCCGCUCAGCGACGUGUUCAAAAAUCGUUCUCAAACCAACGGGUUCUACCCCAUCGCCGGCGGUGUCGGGUUUGGACGCAUUCGUGUAUCCAUGGUGUGGCGAAGCGUACAAUGGCAAGCGCCGGCGGAGGCAAUCGGAUGGAAUUGCGGGACGCUCGAGGUCCAGCCGUCAGUCGCUUUCGGAGACGUGCCUGAGACUCUGCGGACGGCCAAGCUGAAGUUCCACACGGAUUUGGGCAGCGGCAAGUUCUACCCGGGCAAGACCGAGGAGGGCUGGCAUGCGAAGCGCGAGCGCAGCCUGAAACUGCCGGUACGCCAGCGCUACAGCUCUUGCCUGGCCAUACAAUUCCGACACAACAAAACACUCGGUGCUAGCACUGCGGCAUUUGCCAUCCUCUGGCUGAAAGAUGUAAGGGACGAGGAAAAGCAGGAAAUCCAGCUUUCCGUGUGGAAAGGGGAUUAUGAGCGCGCUCAAAAGAACGCGCUGCCGGAGCCGGGGGAGAAGCUGGGCUCGAUUACUCUGAAGCUGAAGUUUUGGGAAGGGCUUGGUUCGGCUCAUUCGAAGUGGGCGAGCAAGAAUGAGAAUAUGAAGGAAGUGAAGGAAGUGCUGGACGUGGCUCGCGACAAUUACGAGACGAAAGCGCAAGAAGAGAAAGCGGGCAUCAUAGAGGCCGAUGAUGAUGCGACGGACGACGGCAGCGAUUUGAGCGACAGCUCUGAUGACAGCGACGACGACGACGACGAUGAUGACGAUGGAAAGGAAACCAAAGACGGCAAGAAGGGGCUGGUCAGGAAGGCGACUGAUCUGAAGGAGCAUCACAAGAACCUCAAUCGGCAAAAUCGUGGCAUGAUGCAAUGGCGUCUGCCACGGACGGCCAAGUGGGCUAUGGGCAAGGCGGAGAAACUCGAGUCGAAAGUGGAGGGCCUCUUUGAGCAUCACACGCGCGAGCCUGAUGUCGAGACGGAGGUUUGAGUGGAUGACUUGUUGGCUAAAAGUCGGUUGUCUCUUGAUCAAAUACGAGUGAAAUGCAGUACGAGAGUGAUACUGCUGCUUCCACGAUAACAGUGCCCGGAGAGAUACCGCGGUACAAGGCUGCAGCGCCAUCGAAUACGAGGCACACCACACCAGGACGGGUUAGCAGAGGCCGGGGCAAGCGGGUCCACUUGGUCCAGACGCGGCAAGGGCGGGGCUAAGCUCGGGGCUAGCGUCUUCUACCGCGACUGGAGCCUUUGGGUUGCGACCUCCUCUCCCCUUCCUCCUCCCUCGACC